GUUUUGUCGUCUGCUCUACAACGGAAUCCAUAUUCGUAUUCGGCUGUCUCUAAUAGCUGAUGUUACUUUCUGCUUAUAUCUGUGAUAUUUGCUAUAACGUUCAUUUCUGCAAGAAAUAUAUUUAAAUAAACACCCGCACUUUAAAAAUGGCAACUCUUUCACGUAAUUUGCGACCUUAUUUAAGAUAUAUUCGUAACCAAAGAAGAACGUACGCCGAUGCCCCUGGAGAUCAAAUGAAAUUCACUUUUGCUGGAGCUAAUCAAGUAUUUUAUGACCAAGCUGUGGUGAAACAAAUAGAUGUGCCAUCAUUUUCUGGUUCCUUUGGUAUUUUACCUAAGCAUGUACCCACGCUAGCUGUAUUAAAACCAGGUGUAGUUACGGUGUACGAAGAGGGAGGAGCAACUAAAAAAAUUUUUGUUUCCUCGGGAACAGUUACUAUAAAUGAAAAUAAUAGUGUACAGGUUUUGGCAGAAGAAGCCCAUCCUGUAGAAAAUAUUGAUAACUCUGCAGCCAGAGAUAUUCUUAGCAAAGCUCAACAACAGUUAUCAUCUGCGUCGUCUGAAAAAGACAGAGCUGAAGCAGCUAUUGCGGUCGAAGUAGCAGAAGCUUUAGUACAAGCUGCGCAAUAAGCAGUCUUUAAAUGUUACAACAUUAUUCUACAUGUUAUUGAACUUUAGGUCAUGUAUUCAUCACAUUUCUGUCACAAUCCUGUAUAAACAUACAGUAACAAUAAAAGGAUUAUUAAAUUACAAAUA